AUGUCUGAUCAAAUCAAUCAUCCAAAAAAGUACAGUGAAUUAAGAAAUAUCUUCAAAUACUACAUCGAUUCAUACACUACAUUGUACCAACUAAAAACGGAAAAUACAGAAGAAUUAAACUCUAUUUACAAAAUGAUCAAAACAGAAUUGAUUGAUUCAAAUAAAUAUCUCCCUAAAAUUAUUAUAAAAGACAUUUUAAAUAUCAUUCCGUAUAAUAAUCGCUAUACAAAGUCAUAUUUAUCUCUUGCCAAGCUAAUAUAUGAUGAUUAUAAUGUCUGUGAGGUCAAUAAUGUUGAAGAUGUUUCAAAUUUCCUUUUUUAUAAAGAAUAUGGAAUUAAAUUAAACAAGAUUUAUGAUUUCGGAAAAAUUCAAUCAGAAAAUCUCGAAAUUCUUACAGAAGAUACAAUUUACAGAGCAAUUAUGUAUAAUGACCUAAAAAAACUCAUUUCAUUCACGGAUAUAAAAGGAUUUAAAGAUAUGGAAAAACUUCAAAGCAGCUUAUAUCCAUAUCCUGAAUUUGGAUAUUCAUAUCUUGAAUUAUGUUGUUACUACGGGGCAGUAGAUUGUUUCAAGUUUUUAAUAACGAAAUUUUACGCUCAAAUUAGUUUAAGAUGCUUAUAUCUUUCAUUUUUAGGAAAAAAUCCAGAGAUAAUGAGCGAAUGUUUGAAACAUUAUAAACCAGAUGAUUAUUGCAUGAUGUAUGCAAUAAUUUCGCAUAACAUUGAUUUUGUUACAUUUUUGAUGAAUGAAUACGAUAUUCAAAUCGAUUUAAGAGAUUGUGGAAUAUAUAAAAAUCUUGAUUCAUUCUUAGUUUAUUUGGAUCAAACUAAUGCUAUUAAGACUUGCUUUGUUAAUUCCGCUAGAUUCAAUAUCCCAUCCUUUUGCGAAUAUUUCCUUUCACUUGGUGUAAAGGUCAACGUAAAAAUUGAAGGCGGACUAACAGCUCUUCAUAUUGCAGCAUGGGAAAAUUGUAAAGAAACAGUCGAAUUUCUUUUUUUACAUGGCGCAAAGAUCAAAGAAAAAGAAGAUGCUGGAAGAACCGCUCUACAUCUUGCAGCACGCAAACAGAGUAAAGAAACAGUAGAAUUCCUUAUUUCACAUGGCAUAAAUAUCAAUGAAAAAACUAAUGUUGGGGAUACCGCUCUUCACGUUGCAGCAGUAAACAAUCGUAAAGAAAUAGCUGAAAUUCUUAUUUCGAAUGGAAUAAAGAUCAAUGAGAAAAAUGAUUUCAAUCGAACCGCUCUUCAUUAUACAGCAUCUGAAAAAAGUAAAGAAACAGCUGAACUCCUUAUUUCACAUCAUGCAAAGGUCAAUGAAAAAGAUCUAAAUGGAAAAACCCCUCUUCAUUAUGCAGCUCAAGAAAAUGAUAAAGAAAUAGUUGAGAUUCUAAUUUCACAUGGUGCAAAUAUCAAUGAAAUAGAUAUUUAUGGAUAUACUGCUCUUAGUAUUGCUAAAUAUAGAGGUUUUAAAGAAAUGGCCGAACUUCUUCUUUCACAUGGUGCUGAUAUCAAUGUCAAAAGAAAAAGUAGUUCCUCAAAAUGCAACAUUUUUUAA